AUGGUUUCCUCGGAUGGAGGAGCGAUGUGGCGAAGUGCUUUCGAUUUGUCUGGAAAAAAUACUCCACAAGCUUUUGAUCUCAAAGAUCAAAUAGAGAAAAUUUAUCAGAAAAUUGAGCCACUGUAUAAACAAUUACACUCCUAUGUUCGACGACAAAUUGCCGGUAUUUACGACAAUCCAGUCGGCAUAAGCAAAAAUGGCCCGAUUCCAGCACAUCUUUUC